AUGUCUGUGCCGCUCUCCGCCGUCGGAGAGAGCUCGAGCAGCGCCGGCGACGACAAGCCGCUCAUCCCGGCUACUGUCGCCUCACCGCUGCCGCCAUCGCGGCUGCUGACAGCGUCGUAUGUGGCGGUGUACCUGAUGGUUGGCCCGGCCCUAAUCCUCGUCAAUAAGCACCUCCUGAAGGACGUCGGCUUCGGAUUCCCUAUGAUGGUGUCCGGCAUCGGACAGGCAUCGAGCGCUCUCGGCUCCUUCCUCGCGCUGCGUGUGCUCCGGCUGCAGCCUCUGACUUGCGCCAAGCACGUGACGUGGCCCUUCUACCUCCGGAACAUGGUCGUCGUCGGCGGAGCCACCGCAGCGUCGCUCUGCUUUGGCAACGCCGGCUAUCUCUACCUGACCGUCUCCUUUGUCCAGAUCCUCAAGGCCUUCACGCCCGUGUUCGUCGUCGUGAUGCUAUACGCGACGCGCGUCGAGACUCCCUCCCCUCGCGUCGCGCUGUCGGUUGGGCUGAUCAGCGCCGCCACUGCCAUCGCUAGCGCGGGCGAGGCGCACUUCAACCUGACGGGCGUGCUAAUCAUGUGCGCCGCCGAGACGUGUGAGGCGACGCGGCUCGUGCUGACGCAGAAGCUGCUGACGAACCUCAAGUUCCCGGCGAUGGAGGGGCUGUACUACAUGGCGCCGAUCUGCGCCGGCUGGAUGUUCGGUCUGGCUGCUGUUUUAGAGGUGCCGCGCGCGCUCGAGAAGAAUGCCUUCUCGCUUGUCGCUCCCAACGCGGCGGCAUUCGCGACGGCAGUGGUGCUCGGCUUCGCCGUCAACAUCGCCUCUUUCCUGGUGAUUCAGAGGACGAGCUCGGUGAUGCUCAAGUUGCUUGGCACGGCGAGGAACGCAGGCCUCGUCCUCUUCAGCGCGGUCUUCCUCGGCGAGGAGAUCACGCCGCUGCAGGGGUUCGGGUACGCGCUCUCCCUCGCCUUCUUCGGGCUCUACAACUACUACAAGAUCAAAGGGCUAUAGCCCGUCGCGUGUCAUUCCAGUCCGCUCGCCCCGCCUCCCACCGGAGCGGCUGCUCUCGAUCGCGAGUUGCAGCCCACUGAUGGUGAGCUGGUCGCUUUGACAACGUGAGUGUGAUCGAAGCACACACUGUUAAGUGCUGUUAACGCGUCGGCGUUUCUCCACAGUUCCGACGACUGUGAUCUGUGCAUGGCAUGUCGGGCGCUACGUGACACUCCGCCCGCCAACAAAGAACAAAUGGAACGCAACGCAACACAAGCGUGUUACGGGGUUUGUUUGGUGUUGCUAAAGAUCCCCCUCUGCGCA